CCGCCGCGCCCCGCCCUCCGCUCUGGCAGGCCCCGGCUCUUCUGCGAGUCGUUCCGCGCUUGUCUUCGGUCUCUCUCUCGGCGGCGCGCGGGGAGGCCGGUGAGGCUUCGCCGACUUCGAUGGGGAAGAAGUCGCGGGCUGUGCCGGCGGGUCGGCGGCCCAUCCUCCAGCUCUCGCCGCCGGGGCCUCGUGGGGGCCGGGAAGAAGCGGCGCUGGGCGAUGGGGACUCGGCGUCGGAAGCGGAUGAAUUUGAGGUGACUGAAGAGGCUCCAAGGACAGCUCCAAACCCACCCCAAGCUAGCAUGCCUGUUGGGCCUGUAGCUGUCAAACCAACAGGUGGCUUAUGUUUGCUCGGCGCCUAUGCAGACAGUGAUGAAGAAGACAGCGAGGUAUCUGAGAAACCAGCACAGCCUGCAGAUGCAAAUGGCAAUAAUUCAACAGACAUUGAUAGCACCCUGGCAAACUUCCUAGCGGAAAUAGAUGCAAUUACAGCUCCUUCCCAGCCUGCUGAGGCUACUGUUCCCUCCAGUGCUCCACCUCCAACUCCUCCACGCCCAGAGCCAAAGGAAUCUGCCACCAGUCAGGUUUUGGCUACUGCAAAUGGAACAGAUCAGGCAGCAGAGUGGCAGUACGACACUCAGUGUUCACUGGCAGGAGUGGGAGUUGAGAUGGGAGACUGGCAGGAAGUUUGGGAUGAGAAUACAGGCUGCUACUAUUACUGGAACACUCAAACUAACGAGGUUACUUGGGAACUACCCCAGUAUCUUGCAACACAAGUGCAGGGCCUCCAACCUUACCAGCACAGUUCUGUAACAGAGCCUGAUGAGAACUACCUGAUGGCUGCAGACCUAAGCUCCCAGGGAAAAGCUGCUGCUACUGGCAGUACUGGACAUAGGACAGCACUUCUGAAGCGUGAGCUGAAGAAGGAAGUGAAUGAAGGUAUCCAGGCGCUUUCGAGCAACGAGGAAGAGAAAAAAGGAGUGGCUGCAUCACUGCUGGCUCCAUUACUUCCUGAGGUGGUGAAAGAGGAAGAGGAGCGUUGGAGGAGGAAGGUUAUCUGUAAGGAGGAGGUGGAGCCUUUGAUGGAAGAAGAUGUAGCAGCAGAGCAAGCAGCAACUGUUUCUGAGCAGCAGCUAGAAGGUGACAGAGAUGCUGGGGAAGACCCUUCUCAGGAAGACCUGUGUAGUGUGGUCCAAUCAGGGGAGAGUGCAGAGGAGGAAGAGGAGCAGGAUACUCUUGAGCUGGAGAUGGUAUUGGAGAGGAAGAAGGCAGAACUGCGAGCUUUAGAAGAAGGUGAUGGGAGUAUUUCAGGCUCUAGUCCACUUUCUGAUAGGAGUCAGUCAGAAGUAACACAGCGGCUACUACCCAAGCAAGGGAAAUGGAAGCUGUUUGGAGUUGCCAGCCCAGAAUCCACCAGUAGAGGCUCUAGCAAGACGGGGCAGGAGAGCCCUGAACCUGGGGAAACAGCGGUAAAGGAAGAGCCAGAAGUGGCAGAUGAUAACUCUGACAAUGAGCUGGACACUGAGGAAUUACAAGACAAAGUGAAAACACAAGGGGCUUCCAAGGUGGAAGAUGAGGAGCAGGACUUAAAGUUUCAGAUUGGAGAGCUGGCCAACAUGUUGAUAAGCAAGCUGGAGUUCUUGGGCAUCAGUAGACAAUCCAUCUCUAACUUCCACAUGCUACUGUUGCAGACUGAGACCCGUAUUGCAGACUGGCGGGAAGGAGCUCUCCAAGGAAACUACCUCAAACGCAAAUUGCAAGAUGCAGCUGAACAGCUAAAACAGUAUGAAAUAAACGCCGCCCCUAAAGGCUGGUCCUGCCACUGGGACAGGGAUCAUAGGCGCUAUUUCUAUGUUAACGAGCAAACAGGCGAAUCUCAGUGGGAGUUCCCAGAUGGGGAGGAGGAAGAGGAGGGGCAAAUACUAGAGAACAAAGCGGAAGCUCUUCCUAAACCAGCAUUAAAGGAAAAAGCUGAGUCUGGUGGAGAAUCUACGGAUAACACUACAGGUUCUCUUUGUAAGGAGCCUCUUUCUGGUAAUGCUGCAGCUACAUCUCUUGUGCCUCUCAGUCAAUUUUGGACUGUGCUUCAGCCCUCUGUCCCGGUGCUUCAGCCCCCUUUGCCCUUGGAAAUGCCACCACCGCCACCUCCACCACCAGAGUCUCCCCCUCCACCACCACCUCCACCUCCUGGAGAAGAUGGGGAAAUAGAAGAAGUAGAGAUGGAGGAUGAGGGAGAUGAGGAGCCACCAGCACCUGGAACAGAGGAAGAUGCUGUUCUGAAACCUCUUCUUCGACCAGUAGUAGUCAACAGCCAGGGUAAUUCUGAGACAAGCAUAUCCACACCUGUUCCAACUAAACCUGUAAAGAGAAAAGCUUCUGAAGUGAGUGCUGGGCUGGUGCAGCGUGCAGCAACCAUUGGCAGUUGUCCAGUGCUCUAUGGUCAGUCAGUCAUUGGCCCAAGUGAGUAUUGGCCUUCAGAUUCUGUUUUUUCCUUGGUGGGAUCCCUGGCAGAGAGAGUUUUGGAAAUAUCCACACCUUUUGCUUGUUUUGCUUAUGUACAUACAGGUCCUCAAACCCCAGGGAUGGGUUUGCAACAGAGUUACCUUGGAGUAACACAAUCGGCACUUAUGACCUAUUCAGAGUGUAGUGUCCCUGUUGGACUUCCUGUCAGCACCACCCAGCCAAUUCCUUCACGAGGAACCCCAGUGGCCACUAACACUGCAGAGCAGCUGCCGCCGCCGCCACCCCCACCCCCGCCACCGCCUCUAUCGCCGCCUCCACAGGCUCCCAAAGCACUGCCUCCAGAGAAGUCAAAAAAGCUCAGGAGAGGUAGCAAGAGAAAAAAGACCAAGACGAAGAUGCCAUCUCUAGUGAAGAAGUGGCAGAGCAUUCAACGGGAACUGGAUGAGGAGGAAAACUCCAGCUCCAGUGAUGACGAUCGGGAGGUGAUGUCACAGAAGCGAAUUGAAGAAUGGAAGCAGCACCAGUUAAUCAGUGGCAUGGCAGAGAGAAAUGCAAAUUUUGAGGUUUUGCCUGAGGACUGGAGAUCUCGGCUCAAGAGAAGGAAAGCCACUUCAAACACAUGAGUCUUUUUUUUUUUUUUAAACCACACAUGUACAGAUUAGAACCUUUUACUGUUGGAUAAACUGUAACUUUUUGAGGACACACGCUUCAGUUGAAUGACCUGACAGAGAAACUGCAUGGAGCUGGAAAUCCUGUUGGACGUGUAUUUGGCAAAAAGGCCCGAUAAAUAAUGGCUAGGCUUGACCACUCCUGUCUUAAGCAGCUCCAAAUCCCAGUUCAAAGCUUGGAAUACCAUUCUGUCUAGUUCUCUGGUAGAGCUGGUACCAAGAACUGAUUGAUGCACUCUAAAGUUGGAAAUGGAUUCAGCCAUUGUCAAACCCCUUUGCUAAGCUCAAAGGUGUUUUCAUUUAUCUCAAAUAUUUCUGCAAGAUAUUCAGUUGUAAUUGCCAUUUGCAACAUUUGCAGGUUGGUUACAGAGUAGGCAAACUAAGAAUGCAUAUUCUUCUCACAGCAGACGUAGUUACAGGAUUUGAAUCCCUUGUUUCAUUCCUGAUCUUUGCCCACAUCUUGGUUUGAGGCAAUAUUGUUCUUCAUUACUCCUCAUUUGACUCAGUUAUCUCUUGUUUGUGUUAUAUAACCUGCAUCAAUCCUGCUACUUUUCCUGGCUGUCUUAAUUUGUAAUGUUACCCAUAGGGUAAUCUUCUUGUACUUCUGGUGCUGUAACAUGCUAACUGGUCUAGCUGCGGGGAGGUGGGACAAAAUGCAGCACAUAGCCUGGCAGCUAAAGAGGGAGCAGACGCUUUAGGCCCUUGCUCGCAGAGGCAGGGGGCUGCCUGCUGACUAAAUGCAGUACAGGCCUGAGGCUGUUACUGGCUGGUAGUACCCAUGGUAGGCAGGGGUCAGCAGCCCCUACCUGCUUUGGGCCCUAAUGGCUACUUAAUAGCCAUGCACCUGUAUGGUCCUGAGCCAGCCACAUUGCGGCACCCACUGCUAAAAGUGUGCGGAGAGUCCUCCGUUUGACAUUCAACAUGUGGUGGCAGAGUACUGUGUACUGUCCCAUAUCACUGGCUGCUGCUGGGUCGAAGUCACUGCUGUUAAGUGAAGGGAAAACCAACAUUUUUCUCUCUUGCCCAAUUCUAAGCCUCUCUUGCCAAGUUCCAGCAAAGUAGGAUCUUUGCCUACAUUUAAAGCCAGGCUGCAUAUUUAUCCAACCUGUAAAUGUCUGAAUUCUUUUCCUUGUUUGCUUUUUAAACUGAAUCAGGUGUAAUGAUUUUCUGUAAACUGAAAGAAAGGCAGUUUAUGGUUGAAUGCUGUUUGUAUUCUCCAGUUUCUGGCUUUGUAAAUUUGUACAUAUACAUUAAUAAAAUCCCUUUUUAUACUUCUGAA